GACAGUUUUGACCGGCGUUGCGCGUGAGAUUUUGACGCGUGCAUGUGACUGUGUGGAAAGGGGGGGGUGCGCUGUGCCCAGAUUGCUUGAAAGGUGCCUUUGUGUAUGUGUGGGAGAGGAAGAGGGUGGCGCUGAAAAAAGGGCCAAUUUUGGGAGCACCAUUUGAAAAUAUUACGGCGGGGAAAGUGCAGGGAAAGAGCCACUCACACAGAGAGGAGGGAGAGGAGAGGAUGGAGCAGCCGCCGAACAUCACACCGGCAAGUCCUUCCCCUUUCUCUACCGCGGCGCCCGCUCAGGUCUUGGACGGCCAACAAGACAAUAGUCAAAUUGACGUCCAGAAGGACCCCAACGAGCAGACGAGAAAGAGUCCCGGCCAGCCGAAGAAGGUCACGAGCUGCAAGUACAUCAAGGAGGAGAAGAUAGCCAUCCUGUCCGUGCUGCUGGAGGUUGGCAUGGAGCUUUGGGAAAUGGAGAAAUCGAUCAACAAGCCGUGGCGCAUGUUGUUCUGGGAACAGCGGGUGGCGCUUCCCGUCAGAGAGAAGCUCAAGAGCAACGCCCGGUACGCGGAAAUGGGACACGACGUCGACCUGAGGUUCAGCGGCUCUUUUGGGGUGGAGAAUCUGAGAAAGUGGGUCCGCUCGCAGAGGACCCAGGAGCUGGAGCGCGUGGAGGGAGAGCGGCAGCGGAUGCCGGGGUCGCCCCCGGGAAGGCCGUUGUCAGAGGUCCAGCAACUCAGGGCGCGGGUGUUCGAAGAGAUUACUGCCGCUUCCCUCGAGAAGGACGGAGAGGGCGUCGGGGAGGGUCCCACGGCGGUAGGGAGCGGUGACACUCAAGCGGUAGCGGCGGCGGCGGUGGCAGCAGCAGCAGCUAGGUCGGGCACGCCAUCCGCUGGUGGUGGGGCCACGCAGGCGGGGCGGGACCCUUCUCCCGAGCCGUUCGCAGCUCUCUUCGCCCCCCACGGCCAAAACGGUGGCAGCAGCGCGACGGUACAAGCGGCAGCGGCGGCGGCUGCAGCAGCUGCCUCCGCGGCGAAGGCCCCAGCGACGAUCAGCGCCCCCGGUCUCUCAACCAGCGUUGUUGCUGCCGGUGGAGCCGGCGCGGCAGACGGAGCUCCUUCCAUCUCGGCGGGAAGUCCCUUCUUGUCCCCCCAGAACGGCAACGACUCCACGUCGUUUCUGCGACAACGACGGCCGCAGCAACCGCAGCAGCAGCCGCAGCCGCAAACCACCUCGGUCAGAAGCGCAAACAGGCCGCUGCUGCCGAAGCCGCCGGCAGUCGCCGGGAACGACCCCGCGCAGGCGGGUGGCGUGAACGGGAUCGACGCCGGCGGAGGAAGCGCGCUCUCCGCCGCCGGCGGCACGACGACCGCGUCGGCAGCGGCGGCGGGCGUGUCGAGGCCGAGAACGGCGUCGGAGACCACGCCAGAAGAUUUCCGGCUCGGGUCAGGGGGCGCCGUGAGGGGUCACUCGACGGCUAUGGCGGCGGCGGCGGCGGCGGCAGCGGCAUCGGCGACAACAACAGCGCCGCCAACAAAGAGGAAAAAGGUGGACCACACCGACCUGGUGAACAGGGUGAUGGCUCAGAUCAGCACCCUGAACUUGCCCUUGGCGGCUACAGCCCUACUCGUGCAGUCGCUACAGGCCAAGAUCGGAUCACCGAACUUCAUCCGAGGCGGGGGGGGCGCCGCCGCAAUCACGGCGGCGGGGGGGGAAGCUCUCGGAGGCAAUGGAAACCUAGCGCAGGGGGAGCGGGGGGUGCGCGGGGGGGCGUUGAGCCUGGAGGAGAGGCAGCUGCUGCUGGAGGAGCGGUUACAGGCUAGCCGGGAGGCGGAGUCGGCGCAGGCCUUGGCAGAGCGGCGGCUCAAGCUGAUGGAGGAGAUGCGCGCUGCGGGGAACGACGAAGUCGUGACCGACGAGGUGCUUCAGAAACAGCGGAGGGUAGUGUUGGGCUUGUAGCCUGCGCAGGAGCCCCCGAGACGGGUCGGUAGCGGCUGCAGCCGCCAUGCCGCCUGUGCUUCUUUACUUUUUGGUUGUUGUUGCCGCUUUUGUUUUUAUUCCCGUGUGCAGGGGAGUAAUAGUGUUACUGGCACAUACCCAAAGUUUUAACUUCUGCACAUCGAGGUGGCGAGGAGGAGAAAACGGUAGAGGUCGCGGUCGUGUGGAGUAGUUGGGGAAAACAAACGCCACGGGCUUUGUAUGAAUAUCUACCUGCUUCUUUGCGAUAGUUGCAUGAUACGUUUGCGUAGUCUAGUCUUCCACACGGUGCUUUUUUGAGUUUUGUUUUGUUUUUGUGGGCACCCAACACUUACUGCGGACUGUCGAGAUGGGAGUCUUAUAUUUUGGCGGGGGAGGUUUACAGGUUCAGACUGCUGUUCGUCUCAUCUUUUGGGCUUGGUAUGUGGUGUUUGGAGUUGGCGGCAAGUACACGUUGGAAUACGAAAGAGGAGUAUAUCUGGGCAGUAGUUGGCGAGAGAACAACGAGUACCAUACAAGCGACAGCGCGUCUUUUGCGAACGAGGCAUGCGACAUCCUGACCACCCACUCUUCCUACCGUCCCACCGCGUCGUCCUCCUCGUUAUCCUUUCGAGGUUCGUGACUGCUGUCUUGCGCACUCCGCUUCAUAUAGUAAAAAUAGUGAGGGUGUAGUUGUAGGAUGCGUCGCAGUCACAGGAAGGCCUUUAAUGAACUCAACAUAGAAUCUGAUUUCUUCGAAAUACCUCUUGUAGGUUUGCGUUGGACCUUGCGGGCUCGACUUUGCGGCUGGUGUUUCGUAGUCGUAUAUGCAGGAGUUGUUGACGUUCAUUACACGAGGGUGUGCCGGUUUUUUUUUGUUUUACCUGUGACCAAGAGGGAAUCAUCCAAACGGAAGGUGGGAUUGUAUCCUUCUGUUUCUUUAGACUCGCUCAGUCCGUUGACUGUUUACCAGGAUGCACAGAAAGCGAGCACCAGGAUGAUUCUGCGUUUAUCUACUUCGCCCCCCGAUGAUGUGUUGUUCACUUGGCAUUGUCCCGAUCAACCCUUUUAGGGCAUUUUUUGAUAACUUGCCAAAUUUUCUCG